AUGUCUCCAGCUCCACAAGAGAGACUCGAAAAAGUCUCCUUCAUCGAGGAUUUUGUGUCACCUUACCUAAAAGGAGUCAAGUUCACCUUCACGCAGAAUAAUCAAAGAAGAAGUUUCGAUCUUGCGCUUCGACACUGCAAGUGUGGCCACACUUCUUUACCAUACGGGUUUGAAGAACGGUUCUUGUGGGGCAUAUUUUACGACAACCGGAAGAACUUUGGUAAGAAGCUCGAUGAAAUUCGGUGGUCUGACUAUGAGGCCCAACAUGGGUACACUCUAGAGUUGUGCGCUGGUUUGAUCGAUAAGAAGAAAUCGAAGAGGAAUGUGGUUAUGCCGUUCAAAAAUGAGGAUAUUCAUUUAAUAGCCACCUUCAGUAUUGCUGCUCAUGAAUCUGGUGGAAUACAGUACCUCUAUUACACAGAGAUUGAUGAUUCCAUGAAAAUAACUGAAGGUGGAGGAAACAAUGAAGAAGGCGAAUACAUUACAAAGGUUUUUCUGAGCGAGUCUGAAGUUCUCGAGUUCGUCAAAAACGAUUACUGCCCGGGUCCCCCAUCCAUGCUUUACGCGUUACUUUGGUGGUUCGAUCACAAUCCGUGCCCGAAGAUAAUUCAGCCAACGACCGAUGCUUAUAAAUGGAGGCCAAGCGACAUAAUGCCUAUGACCGAUUUCAAAUUUGAGAAGAUGCCAUCAUCAAAACGAUUUAUUCCUCAUCGGAUGAAAUUCACACUUGGUUCUCUUUGUCGAACUUGGGAUCUGGCUUUGUGUGACGACAGUUUUUCGAUUCUCUUGUAUAAUGAGACUACCAAGGAAUUGUUGCUAACACAGCGGUUUCGGCCAGCUGCUUUGGUUGGUCGAGCACGUCAUCUUGCACAUCUUGCCGAUCCGACCAAAACGCUCGAUACGAUUGAGUGGAAAUCACAACCAUUGGAGUGGGCUUAUACUCUGGAAAUGUGCAGUGGGCAUUACAAAACCGGCAGUUCUGUCGAGGAUAUCGACCAACGAGUCAGGGACACUGUCGCCAAAAAAUGCGGUUACAAGCUCGAAUCCAUUCGCUUCGUGACCUCAUUCGUAGUUGGCAUAAGUUUUGCUGGAGACAGGCAAAGAGCAUACUACGCUACAGUGAACGAAUCGAUGCGUAUAAAGGAUUGGACCCCUUACGAGGAGAUUACACCGUUCUCUUUGCCGUGCUCGGCCAUACCGUCCUUCCUCCGUGCAGAAACGCCGAUAUGGCACACGGACAUGUUAUUGUAA